AUGUUGCUCAGUUUCUCAGCAGGUGACAUAUUAAUGGUUCAUGGCAGAAGUUCAGAUGUGUGGUGGUGAGCUGAACUGCAGGGUCUCUUUGGUUAUGUGCCAUCUAGCUAUUUACACCAAAAAAAUGAGGACGAGGAAGUGGAAGAUGCUUGGCAAGAUGAAGAAUACUUCAGCAAUUAUGGGACAUUAUGGUUUUUGCUUAAAGUAAUGUGGCGCCUAUCUGGCAUCUCUAGAAAAUGUCUGAAUAAAAGAAGCAGUUUUUGUAUUAGGAUGAGAGCCAUGGCCAUUGGUGUUCUUCUGUAGGUGUACGCUGUGGAAGCCAGCUCAAUAGUACAACACACUGAGAAACUAGUGAGACAGAGCUGUGAGGGGCUUGUAAGAGUAUUUCAGGAGCGAGCUGAGAAUCUCACACUGCCUGGGAAAGUGGAUGUGCUUGUUGUGUUCAUGGUGGAGUCAGUUUUGCUGGCACUUGAUCGGUGGCUGAAGGAGGGAGGUAGGAUGUUGCCAUCCUCCGCCUACCUGACUGUUGUUCCAUGCCAGGCCUUCUCUGACUACAGACAAAAAAUGUUCUGGGAGCAGCCAUACGGCUUAGACUUCAGCUAUCUGCAGUGUAUGGUGCAGGCAGAGUUUUUCUCCAAGCCUAAGUUUGGCCAUUAUCCCUUACCUGAAGACUGUUUGUCCACCCCAUCUGAUGUUAUCACUCUUGAUAUGAUCACAAUACAGGUCUCAGACUUAGAGAGACUCAACGGAGAGUUUAGAUUUACCAUCGAGAAAUCUGGAGUGUUGCAUGGCUUCACUGUCUGGUUCAGUGCACAUUUCCAGAGUUUGGAAGGGGAUGGACCAUUAUUGGAAUUGAACACUGGACCAUAUUCAGAGAUCACUCACUGGAAACAGACUCUCUUCAUGUUAGAUACAGUGAUAGUUGAGAAAGAGGAUGUCAUCGUGGGCUCCAUACGUCUUCAGAGAUAUCCGAUCAGGAGAUGUCACAUGUCAAUCACAUUUCCAUGGAACAUAAACAGCACAGAAAUUUCUAAGGUCCAGACAAAGAGUUUUCCAACCUUGGGACCUAUGAACUUGAGCUUAAAACACAGCCCUUUUUCAUUGCAUUUAUACAAACAGAAGUGCACAAAACUUGAAUCACCACAAAUCUUAACCAUAUAAAGGUUUCAAG